GACACGAGUUCGCAGCUUCGCCAAUCAUGUAGGACCACGAUCGCAAUGGCGGCGUGGCUGGACGGUUUUGUGUUAUCGGAUGGUUAGGUGUCGAUCUGGCGGUGCGGAGAGCGUUAGUUUUCUUAUUUACAGCGUAGCCCGUCUCACGCAGUGAAACGGACUUUUUUCAUCCCCCAAUCAUGUACGGUCUCCUGAUAGUGGCACUGCUGGAUAUAACUCUCGACGUGGUCGGAAGUGUCUCGCAAGCGGAAAUCACUAAACAUCUGGAGUACGGAAGGGAGUUCCUGGCGAAGGGUCAGCUGCAGGAUGCACUGUCACACUACCACGCAGCCGUGGAGGGAGACCCGAGCAAUUACCUGACGUACUACAAGAGAGGUACAGUUUAUUUAGCGUUGGGCAAAGCCAAAUUCGCCCUCCUCGAUCUCGACAAGGUUCUAGAGCUAAAUGCGGACUUCACACCAGCAAGACUGCAGCGUGGUAACAUUUUACUUAAGCAGGCCCACUUUGAUGAGGCUGAAAAUGACUUUCAAGACGUGCUAGCAUUAGAACCAAAUAAUAGAGAUGCCUUCAAUGCCUUAGAGAGGUUAUACCCAGCUAGAGAAGAUAUGAAAUUAGUCGAUAUAUUUGUGUAUAACGGCGACCACGUAGCGGCUGUGCAGCAGAUUACUCGGCUUAUUGAGGUCUGCCCAUGGUCCUCUUAUCUUAGAGAACGUAGGGCAGAGAGUCACGUUAUUCUUGGGGAUUAUAUGAGCGCCAUAUCUGACAUACGUUCUACUACAAAAUUGAUGUCUGAUAAUACAGAGGGUUUUUUCAAGCUCUCGACGUGGCUGUAUCGUCUCGGGGACGUUGACGAGGCACUAAAGGAGAUUCGAGAAUGUUUAAAGCUUGAUCCAGACCAUAAGCAAUGUUUCCCCUUUUAUAAGAAGAUUAGAAAGAUAAAGAAAUUGCUGCAGGAUGCAGAGACAGCGCUGGAUGAUAAAGAUUAUGACGCGUGUAUUGAUUCAGCCCGCCGUGUAUUGACGCAUGAACCAACUGAGUCGAAAGUGCAAUUUACAGCUUAUCAUUACCUCUGCAAAUGUUAUACAGAAAAUUCCGAAACAACUCAGGCGAUCAAUAAUUGUCAAGCAGCAUUAAAUAUCAGGAGGGAACCUGGUGUGUUGUGCGACAGUGCAGAGGCGUAUCUUGCCGCGGAAAUGUUUGACGAUGCCAUCAGGGAUUUUAAGGAAGCAUUAGAGAUAGAUUCGACCUUCCAAAGAGCCAAACAGGGAUUGCAAAAGGCGCAGCAACGGCAAAAGCUGUCGGAAUCGCGAGAUUACUAUAAAAUUUUGGGUGUCCCGAGAACGGCGAAUAAACGUGAUAUCAUUAAGGCUUAUCGGAAAGCAGCACAAAAGUGGCAUCCUGAUAAUUUCCAGGAGGGCGACGAGAAGAAACGCGCGCAGAAAAAGUUCAUCGACAUCGCCGCAGCCAAGGAGGUCCUUACGGAUGACGAGAAGAGAGCGAAAUUCGAUCAGGGCGAGGAUCCCCUGGAUCCAGAAUCGGGCCGGCACCAGCAAGGCUUUAAUCCUUUCCAGGAAUUCCAUCACUUCCACGGGUCUCCCUUCCAGUUUAAGUUCCACUUCAAUUAAAUACACGUCGUAAAUUUCGUCGUGAUAGAAGAAUUACCAUUUUCGAAUUCUAACGCACGCGUAAAUACGCGCGCGCGCCCAUCGCUUCGUCCGCGACGAAGUGUCUUCACUUCGCCCUAGCUCGAAUUUCAUUUCGCUACCUCGUCGAGUGGAGAUCGCACGUGUUUAAUCCGUCAGACGGACUCGGAAGACUAUGUGCGCGUAUUGUGUCAACGUGUUGAUAAACAGAUCAGUGGUCAUUUCGCUAUACCGGGCAACGCAACUGUCUCGGCACGCAUUUAAUUAAAACAACGCGAAGAUAGAUUUAAUUAUCCGCACUAGUUCGUCUACUGCAAAAAUUUAUAAUACGGUACUCUUUACGGUACUCUCUACAGUACUCUCUAGUCGCUCGGACUGAGCGAUGAAUAUAAUAUCUAUUUCGGUUUACACAUAAAACGUUUACCGCGUGUAAUUUUAUCAUCGCAUUAUCGACCUGUACACUACUGGUAAUAUCGUGAUUAUUUCCCACGUAUGUCGCAAUACAUGGGAUGUACAGUGAUCAUCACACUGCCACUGAUUGCUUCAGCGGCGUCCAUUUUUAGCUUGAGAAUGUGCGACAACUAGAUCGAGUAAAUGCGAGAGAUGUUAUGCCUUUAUCGAGUACGAUACUGAGCCGGUAUAUUUAUAUCAUUACUACUUUCGUAUACGGGGAAUUUUCGUACUCGAUAAUGUUCAAACAUGUGUAGAACAAUGCUGUGUGCUCGUCAUGUUUGCAUGUGUGUGAGUCAGACCUUCAUGUAAAUACUGUAUUUCUGAUAUUUGUUUAAAAAUAUAUUUGAAUAAUUUAUACAGAUA